AGCUGCCCUCUGAACCCGUCACAUAUUCCAGCCCGAUAAGGGAAUCUGAAAAGGAAAAAAUCGGUUAAUUUCCAUACAACUGGCGCCCGUUAAAGGCCUUUGGAUCGAGUCGAAUUUCGGCUAGUUUGCGAACCCGAAAAUGCGCCUAAAACUGUGCGGGUUGUUGUGCACGUUUUGGGCCAGUGUGGCCGCAAUUCCUGCAGGACUUCUGUACGACUUCGAGGUUCCGGAAGUGCAGCAAUUGCCGCGAGAAAAUGAUGUUUCUAGCGAUGAAAUUCCCCUGCAAGUUGCCGUGAAGUUUUAUGGACUACCAUAUAAGAGUAUCUAUGUGAACUCCAACGGAUUCCUCUCCUUCCAAACGGAAAUUCCCCAUUUCAUCAACAUGGAAUUUCCGCUUGACUACCCCAUAAUAGCCCCAUUCUACUCCAAUGUGGACACAUCGGCAGCAGGAACGGUCUCCUACUACGAGACCCAAAACCCCCAUCUACUAAACCGCGCCACGGAAAAUGUCCACGAAAAUUUCCUGGACGAUGUGGACUUUGAGGCUCGCAGCCUCUUCAUAGCCACUUGGAACCGUGUGGGGUAUUUCAACCAACAAUCCGAUAAACUGAACACUUACCAAGUGGUGUUGAUUUCCGACGGAAGCAGCAGCUAUGCGGAGUUCUUGUAUCCGCAGGAUGGACUGCAGUGGAUCCAGGGCACUGGGGAUGAGUCGGGAUUGCCAGAUGCACGAGCCCAAGUCGGCUUUUUGUCGCCCGAUGGCAAAAAGCACACUUUGCCUGGAAGCGCCACUGAACAAGUGAGCAAUCUGGAAAAAUGGUCCAACAUCGGACUAACCGGGCAAUUCCUCUACAAAAUCAGCGGAAAAGAGAUCGUAGAACCCGACCAGCAGGAACAAAAGUCCAACCAAGGAUACCCGGCGACGUGCGCUGAAGUGCCUACGGCCUGCCACAGCCAGGGCACUUGCAUCGACUAUAAGGAGGGCUUUUGCUGCGCCUGUAAUCCGUCCUUUGUAGGGAAUGGCAAGUUUUGUGUCAAAGAAGGAGCCCCACUUAGAGUAAAUGGCAAAGUCAAUGGAAAACUCAACGGGGAACGGCUGGAAAACCUGGACUUGCAGUCCUACGUGGUGACAGUGGACGGCAGAGCCUACACAGCCAUUUCCAAGAUUCCAGAAUCCAUCGGCGCCGAUAUCCAGACCCUCCAGGUGCUGGGAAGUGUGAUUGGAUAUCUGUUUGCGCAUCCCGUCCGAGGCGCCAUCAACGGAUUCCAGAGGACUGGAGGCCUUUUCAACCAUACGAGCACCGUCACGUUUCUAAACACCAGCCAAGUGGUGCAAGUGAAUCAGAAGUUCCUGGGUCUGGAUGUAUUCGACCAUCUGAAGCUGGAGAUUAAUGUUCAAGGCGACAUUCCCACUUUGCCUAUAGAUGCCCGGGUGGUGAUUGAUGAGUACCAAGAACAGUACACUCAAACCGGAAAAGGGCUGAUCCAGAUGACUUCCGAACGCCCGUAUAUCUUCAAUGCGGCUGAUGGCAGAGAAAUCACCAACGUCUUCCGAGUGGAGCAAACAUUCAAGUUCAACAGCUGCCCGUUCGAGAACGAAACUAUUGGGGAAAGCUGGACGUUGAAAGUGGGCAGGAACUUCAUCAGCUACGAGAGCAGGGAACAGAUUAUCCGGUUUGGGAUCAGCAACAAGAUCACGCCCAUUGGAGAUUAUGACCCAUGCAUUGAGGGCAGGCAGACUUGCGGGCCAAACAGCGCUUGUGUGGUGGAUGGAAGCUUUUUUGACUGCAUCUGCAACCCUGGUUAUCAAAGAAUCUACUCAGCAGAAGAACAAGUAUGCGCUGAUGUGAACGAGUGCCAGACCAAUCACGAAUGCGACCGUCACGCUCAGUGUUUCAACACUGUGGGGAGCUAUGGCUGUUCCUGCAAUCCAGGCUUUGAAGGGGAUGGAAGGCGCUGCGAUCCAGUCAGCUCCUGCGCCAACAUCAGCUGCACUCAAGACGCUGAAUGUGUGGAAAAUGGCAGCGAAGCCAGCUGCAGAUGCUUGCCAGGCUUUCGAGGGGACGGCUACAACUGCCAGCCGGUGCCCAAUCAAGGCUGCGAUGUUUCCAACAAUUGCUCACCGUAUGCGAUCUGCAGCAUCUACCCUGGGAGCGAAGAAUACUCCUGCUCCUGCCAUCCAGGCUUUGAGGGCGAUGGCUAUCAAUGCAUUCCCAUUCCAGUCACUUCCACUGAAGCCCCCAAAGAACUCACCACAGUGGUUGCAGGAUCAGUGAGGCCCAUUUGCCAGUCGGACUACUGCUACUGCCCGGAAGGUUUUGUGAUGGACGAAGAAGCGUCCUGCAAGCCCUACACGGAAAGCAAGCAGCCUUCGUAUGCAGAUGACUGCCGAAACCAGCAAAACUGCGACUUCAAUGCCCGAUGUGACUUCAGUACGGUUCUGCAAGCACACGUCUGCACGUGCAAUGAGGGCUAUGAAGGCGACGGUUUCACUUGCCACGAAGAACAACAGUCCUGCAACGAGCAGGAAAGCUGCCACGCCAACGCCUCCUGCACCUACUACGACAGCAUCGGAAAAUCCAUCUGCGUCUGUAAGCCCGGGUUUGCUGGAAACGGCUACAGCUGCUCCUCCUCGGCCAGCUGCAGCUCGCACUCCGACUGCACCCAGACUGAAGAGUGCGCCUACCAAAACGGCCGAAACGAGUGCGUUUGCAGGGAGGGACACGUAAGAGACUCGCAGCACAUCUGCGUGCCUACCGAUGGAUCAUGUGGAGGUGGAACCUGCGUGAGCAACGCCGAGUGUGUCUUCGACGAGGACUACCAGACCUACUACUGCACCUGCAAGGACGGCUUCAUAGGGGAUGGAAUCACCGAGUGCAGGGAAAGACCCAUCGGGUGCGACACUCUGAACAACUGCGGCCUCCACGCAACCUGCCGCUACGAGGAAGAGGCCCAGAUGUACAUGUGCAGGUGCAACCACGGGUUCUUCGGCGAUGGGUUCCAGUGCUCCGUGGAGAAGAACUGUCUAGUGGACCGUACCAUGUGCGAUCCCAACGCCCAAUGCCUAACAGAUGCAGGAAGGAGCUACUACUGCCAGUGCAACCUUGGAUUUGUCGGGGAUGGGUCCAUAUGCCGGGAGGUGUCCAGAAGCGACGGCAACUUCCUGCUGCUCAACCAAGGAUGGGCGACGCACAAAAUCCCGAUCGAAGCCACCAGGAUGAACCCAGGCAAGCCUAUCCAGAUCAAAACCUACCAGACAGCAGUCGGCCUGGACAUUGACUGUAUGGAAGGUCGAGUUUACUGGAGCGACAUCAGUCUGCACGCCAUCAGAAGUUCCUCCUACAAUGGCAGCGACAACAAGGACUUUCUUGCGGAAGGAAUCCACUCGCCCGAAGGCCUGGCAGUCGACUGGGUUUCCAGGAACAUCUACUGGACGGAUUCCACGUCCAGAACCAUCGAGGUGGCCAAUCUGGACUCAAAAAGGCGCAGGGAGCUGUUCAAGACUGGCCUGGUGAACCCUCGAGGUAUCGCCGUUCAUCUACAAAGAGGCAAACUCUUCUGGUCGGACUGGGACCGCAGGUAUCCCAAAAUCGAGUGGUCAAAUGCGGAUGGUUCCGACCGCAGAAUUUUCCUGGAUGGUCCAGAUGUUUCGCUCCCAAACGCUCUGGCCAUUGACUACGACACCGAUCAGCUCUGCUACUCAGAUGCCGGCACCAAGAAGAUUGAAUGCGUCCAGAUCGACACCAGACAAGUGCAGACCAUAGCCAUCAACUGCACUUAUCCCUUCGGAAUCACCGUCACUGAUCGGCUGGUCUACUGGUCAGACUGGAUAUCGAAAAAAAUCGAACGGGUGGAUAAAUUCACUCUCGCCCGUCUGCCGUCUUUGAAUAUUCCUGCUGGUGGUUCGGGCAAUAAGCUGUUUGGGUUGGUGGCGGUACCAAAUCGGUGCCCCAACUUGACGAAUCUUUGUCAACACUCGCGAUGUCCGGAUGAGCACAUUUGCCUGCCGGAUGGCAAAGGCAGCAAAAGCUGCCUGUGCAGCAGAAGAACCGAUGUGCAAGAGGAUCCCAGCUGUACGAUUUAGCCCGUUUUAAGCUUCAUUUGUUUAGGCUUCGGCAGCCCAAACCGCGCGCCUGUAGGGCAUGGUUUAAAAACAUUUACUCAACAAAUAUAUUUAUGUUUAUUA